AUGGGUAAAGCGGUGUCCAAGCUAUCUAAAGACGAGCUCAAGCUGCUUCGAGAACGCACGCUUUUUGAUAAGCGUGAAUUGCAGCAAUGGUAUAAGGGCUAUCUACGCGAUUGUCCAAGUGGGCAACUAUCGGAGGAGGAGUUUGCCAAGGUCUUUAAACAGUUCUUCCCCUUCGGUGAUCCAACUGACUAUUGCCAUUACUUAUUCCGUCUCUUUGACACGGAUAACUCUAAGUUCAUUGACUUCAAGGAGUUUAUCGUGGCAUUGUCGCUCACAUCUAGAGGUGACGUGAAUCAGAAACUCGAGUUCAGCUUCAAACUCUAUGACCUCAACCGUGAUGGAAAAGUCUACUACAAAGAAGCGCUCGCCAUCACCUCAGCAAUCUACAAAAUGGUGGGUCCCAUGGUCACCUUGCCCGAAGAUGAAGGAACUCCGGAAUUACGGGCCGCAAAGCUUUUUACGUUAUCAGAUAAGGAUCCAAAUACCGACUACUUGGAUUUUAACGACUUCAAGCGCCUCGUGAAGAACGAUCCUUCGUUGUUGAAUUCGUUGAACGCUUACGAGGGUUUGGUUUGA